AUGUCCACCACAACCACUACUUUCCAGACCCGGUUCGGGGAGGUCCAUACGAAGCCUCAAAGCAAACCAGGGGAGUUUACAAGCAUUCCCGUGGUUGAUGUGGCCGACAUGGACUCCGACUCUCCACAGGACCGCCAGCGUCUCGCAAAGGAGAUAUACCGUGUUGCGACCACGAUGGGAUUUCUCUUCGCGCAGAACCACGGAGUUUCUGAAGAGUCAAUCCAAGAGAUCCACAACAUGGCCCACAAAUUUUUCGCCCUGCCGCACGAGGUGAAGAUGGAGACCUUCGUUGGGAAGAACAAUCGAUUUCGCGGGUUCUAUCCCCAAGCCCGAGACGUCCCCGAGGAUGCGCAUCCCCACCUGAAGGCAACCGCAGGAAAGUCAACGGAAGCAUUUAACAUCGGCUACGAGGUAGCGGGUGACCCUGCCAAAACACCGGACCACGCCGAACCCACGGACCCGUGGGGUCUCCAUGGGCCAAACCAGUGGCCUCGCGAGGAACUCAUCCCGGGGUUCAGAGAAGCCUACCUACAAUAUUAUGGCCAGAUCUUAACGUUUUGUCGAAAGCUGCUCCGAAUAUUCGCCCUAGCUUUGGAUCUGCCAGAGACUUACUUCGACCACAUGUGCAAGAAUCCAGGGGCCGCAUCUCGUCUUAUACGUUAUUCCGCCUGUAGGGCUGAUCAAACGGCCGCUGAAGUUCCACCACACACCGACUUUGGCUUCUUCACGAUCUUAUCCCAGGAUGCAGUCCCGGGUCUAGAGGUCCUGAAUUCCGAGAAAGAGUGGAUCAAGGCCCCUUCUAUUCCCGGUACCUUUGUCGUGAAUAUCGGAGACAUGUUUGCCUAUUGGACAAAUGGCCUCUUCAAGUCUACACCCCAUCGUGCGAUCAAUAGGACUAGCCAGGAGCGGUUUUCCAUUCCACUCUUUUUCAGUAUGGACUACCAGACGCGGGUAGCGCCUAUGGAGAAGUUUGUUUCUGACACCAACCCGCCGAUCAUUGAGCCCUUUGUUUAUGGAGAGUGGACACGAAGACAUACAAAGGACUGA